ACCAUCGGGUCGGGUUGCGCGGUCACUGCAGCUGCAAUAUCGCAUGUAUUUGGAUAUCGAGUUCAAGAGAGAGUCGCGACGAGCCAUGGCGGCUCUGCCUUAUUUGCUGCAGAGACGCUUCCUCUGCACCAAAACCCACCAGAAAUGGAGCGUCAAACAAGUGACGAAGUCGAACUUCCAGGAAACUCUCUCGGAGAUCAAGACCGACAUCGCCGAUUCCGACUUCAUAGCCGUGUCGUUGCAGAGGACCGGCUCUGUUUCCGCGCCCUGGCACCGUGUCCUUCCAUUCGACUUGCCCGACACUGCUUAUUCCAAGGCCAAGCGGGCAGCCGAGCGCUUUCAGCUCCUCCAGUUCGCCGUCUGCCCCUUCUCCAUUAGGUCUUCCAAGCUCCUCGCUCACCCAUAUAACUUUCAUUUGUUUCCUAGGGAUGAACUGAAGAUAGGGAUGCCAUCUUAUAGUUUUUCAUGUCAAACGUCAUAUUUGACGUCCAUGGCUCGAGAAGGUUUUGAUUUUAAUACCUGCAUAUAUGAUGGCAUAUCAUACUUAUCUAGGGCACAAGAGUCAGCAGCUAGAGUUCAGAUAGGGAAUCCAAUGCGUAUCACUCAUGUGGUGAAAUCUUCUCCUAACCCAACUGUUGCGGAUUCAGUUUUCAUUGAGAGGAUUAAAUUACGGGUUAAGCAUUGGAGAAAAUCUUGUAAAGACUCGAGCACAAAAUCUGAUGAGGCUCUAGUGAGAUCCCUAAGAAAAAUUGUCUUAGGGAGUGAAGAGUAUGGUUCAAGACCCUGCAUGAACAUAGAUGUUUGCAGCGAACGUCAAGUUCAGCUUGUGCUAGAGAUGUUGGAAGAAUUCUCUGAUGACCUUGUUCCUUUAAUAAUCCCAGCAAAGGGUGGAGCAACCCAGGAAGUUCGUGUUGUUUUGACAAGUUCAAAAGAGGACAUGGUUUUAUUUCAGAAUGAGCUUCAAGAUCUCGAAGAGGAGCGGAACAAGAAAGUCCGUGGUUUUCGAGAGGUGAUCGACUUGAUUUCUGCUUCACAGAGACCUGUUGUCUCCCACAAUUCCCUUAAUGAUUUCACAUUUAUUCAUUCAAAGUUCCUUGCUCCUUUACCUCCUAAUGUAGAUGAGUUCUUGUCCUCCUUGCGCUCAGUCUUCCCACAUGUAAUUAAUAUCCAACAACUGAUGAAGGAAAUUCUUCCUUUGAGAAAUGUUACCAAUAUACCCACAGCUAUUUCCUACUUAAAAGAUCAUUUCUUUGCACCUAUCGAUGUUGAAAUUCUGCAGCAAGAUGCUGUAAAUGAACGCAAGAUUCAUGGACAUGAUGUUCUAAGGAUUUCUCUUUUGUUUGCAAAGCUAUGCUCCAUUCUGAGAAUUGCUCCCAUCCAAACUGAUAGCAAAAAGUUGGUUCCAGCCCUCGAGGAGUAUGCGAACAUUUUGAAUCCAUGCUCUGCGAGUUCUCAAGAAUCAACUGAUGGCGAGGUUAGAAUUGGGACAAACAAUACAAGAAAAGUGAGCUGUAAGCAUUUGGUUUUCUUGUGGGGAUUUAAGCAUGGGAUGACCGCUGGAAUGCUGAAAAGCUUCAUCCAAGGGUCCCAUGAUAUUUUCUCAGAAGAAUUUGAUCUUCGUUUAGUGGAUAGGAGCUGUGCCAUUGUUGUUUUCUGGAAACCUGGUCUGUCUGAAACUUUUCUAAACGUAAUGAAUAGCGAAGAGAUUUCUGGAUCUUUAAGGGAGCUGGUCUCGGAAGGCCUAAGAGCAGCAUGUUAUGGAAUCUACAAGAAAGUAAGUAGUUUGGGAAUAUGGGAGGUAGAUUUGGCAAGGUCCCUAGAAAAAGCUUUGGAGGAGUCGGAGUCUGACUGCCUUCAGAAUACUGAUUCUGAAGCAAAUUCACUGGAUGUGCACUGGUUUAGUGACUCUACCAUUAACUUGGAUGACCUCUGAAACGUGGUGCUGUGUUUCUUGAACUUAAGUAUUAGGAAGCAAGUUCAUGAUCAAAUGAAAGUAAUGGUUUUUGCUUUUGGUAGAAAGGAAUAUGGUUGUCAAAUGGCAGUCUCAUAUCAUAUGAGAUUUACUUCAUAUCAGUUGAAGCUAGAAAAUCCAAAAUUUUGUUCCCAUUUUAUGUAUUAUUUUUCCUUCAAUUAGUUCAAUAUUUAUUUUUCGUUUCUA